UCAGACUAGUUUCAGUUUUGAGGAAGAGAAACUCACACAGUCACUGACACUGAGAGGAGAAAUGGCACAGAAAGGAGUUCAGCUGGACCGAGAAACCUUCUCUUGUUCUAUCUGUUUGGAUCUACUGAAGGAUCCGGUGACUAUUUCCUGUGGACACAGCUACUGCAUGAACUGUAUUAAAUGUUUCUGGGAUGAAGAGGACAGGAAGGGAAUCCACAGCUGCCCUCAGUGCAGGAAGACUUUCACACCGAGGCCUGUCCUGGAGAAAAACAUUGUGUUAGCAAGUUUAGUGGAGCAGCUGAAGAAGACUGGACUCCAAGCUGCUCCAGCUGAUCACUGCUAUGCUGGACCUGAAGAUGUGGCCUGUGAUGUCUGCACUGGGAGGAAGCUGAAAGCCAUCAAGUCCUGUUUAUCUUGUCCAGCCUCUUACUGUGAGAAACACCUCCAACCUCACUAUGAUGCAGCUCCAUUAAAGAAACACAAGCUGGUGGCCCCCUCCAAGAAGCUCCAGGAGAACAUAUGCUCAUUUCAUGAUGAGGUGAUGAAGAUUUUCUGUCGUACUGAUCAGCAGAGUAUCUGUUAUCUCUGCACAAUGGAUGAACAUAAAGGCCAUGAAACAGUCCCAGCUGCAGCAGAAAGGACUGAGAAGCAGAAGGAGCUCGAGGUGAGACGACUAAACAUCCAGCAGAGAAUCCAGGAGCGAGAGAAAGAUGUGAAGCUGCUUCAACAGGAGGUGGAGGCCAUCAAUGGCUCUGCUGAUAAAGCAGUGGAGGACAGUGAGAAGAUAUGCAUUGAGCUGAUUCGUCUCAUCAGAAGAAAAAGAACUGAUGUGAAGAAGAAGGUCAGAUCCCAGCAGGAAACUGAAGUGAGUCGAGUCAAAGAGCUUCAGGAGAAGCUGGAGCAGGAGAUCGCUGAGCUGAAGAGGAAAGACGGCGAGCUGGAGCAGCUCUCACACACAGAGGAUCACAACCAGUUUCUACACAACUACCCCUCACUGUCAGCACUCAGUGAGUCUACACACUCAUCCAGCAUCAAUAUUCGUCCUCUGAGGUACUUUGAGGAUGUGACAGCAGCUGUGUCAGAGACCAGAGAUAAACUACAGGACAUUCUGAGAGAGGAAUGGACAAACAUCUCACUGACAGUCACUGAAGUGGAUGUUUUACUGUCACCAGCAGAGCCAAAGACCAGAGCUGGAUUCUUAAAAUACUCACAUGAAAUCACACUGGAUCCAAACACAGCAAACACACAUCUCUUAUUAUCUGAGGGGAACAGAAAAGUAACAAGAAUGAAACAACAACAGCCUUAUUCUGAUCAUCCAGACAGGUUCACUGUAUGUUAUCAGGUCCUGAGUAGAGAGAGUCUGACUGGACGUUGUUACUGGGAGGUGGAGUGGAGAGGGGGAGGAGUUGGUGUAGCAGUCGCAUACAAGAAUAUCAGCAGAGCAGGGAAAUCAUUUGAAUGUUUAGUGGGAUACAAUGACAAAUCUUGGGAAUUAGAUUGUGGCACAAACAGUUUUCAAUUUUGGCAUAACAAAGUGAAAACCGUCCUCUCGGGUCCUCUGUCCUCCAGAGUAGGAGUGUACCUGGAUCACAGAGCAGGUAUUCUGUCUUUCUACAGCAUCUCCAAAACCAUGACUCUCCUCCACAGAAUCCAGACCACAUUCACUCAGCCGCUCUAUGCUGGAUUUCAGUUUUGGCUAAAUGGAGCCACUGCAGAGUUGAUUAAAGUCAAAUAGAGAAGACAGGUUCAUGUUGAUCCCUGACCAUUAUAUGUACUUGUGUAGUUUCUAAAUGAGGCUUUACAUUUUAGAAGCUGAGAAGUUCAGUGGUCCAUUGAUGUGUGAAAAUAAUAUUGCACUGAUUCAAACUGUACUUACAUUUAUAUACCUUACAUCAAUAUAAAUCUGAAUUUGUUCUUAUGGCUGAUAAUCAUGUGAGUUUAAAUGAUACUACUCUUCAUAUUCAGCAUGUUUGAAAUCUUUCAUCAGUCUGGUUAGUGGUUUUAUUCUGUAGUUGCUGUAGUGGGUUGUCAAAUGCAACAAUAUAUUGGAGCUGCAGUGAUUCAUCAGUUAGUCAAUGAUUAGAGAAUUGAUUGUUUUAUCAUUAUUUUAGUCAUAUUUAAAGCUGGUUCCAAAUUCUGAAAUGUGAAGAUUGUUGGUUUCCUUAAUCAUAUAUGACUGUAAACUUAAUGUCUUUGAGGUUUGAACUUUUAAAAUUUAACAAAAUUCGAAUCCUUGAGGUUUUUGAUAUUUAUAUUAUUAUUAUUGUAUCUAGAGUGAUGACAAUUACUGUCAUUUUUUUAAACAAUUUUUUUUUAUUGCUUUUGCAGCAGCAUACAAAGGUUUGUUUUCACAGUAAUAUGCCGCAGUAAUAAGAACACCCCCCACCCCCACCUCCCAAAUCUACAUCAAAUAAAAACACAUUAAAUAUGCAUACAUUAGUACAAUAUGUGGCAUUUAUACAUAUUGAAGGAAACAAAAAGAAGGAAAAGAAAAAAAAUAGGGUUAGGGUUACUAACCCUAUUUUUAAUAGCUAGCACAGACUAAACAAUUUUCCCCUCAUCCACACUCUUGCAGGAAUUGUCUGAUGUUUACUUCUUUUAUAAAGUUUUUAAAUGGCUUCCAAAUAUCAUCCAAAUAUGUGAACUUGUCUUUGAGAAAAUACGUUAUCCUUUCCAUUGCCAUACACUGUGCCAAAGAAUUUAUCCAAGCACCAAUAGCAGGAGGAUCUGAUUUUUUCCAGUUUAAUGCAAUUAUAUGUUUUGCCUGUAAUGUACAAUAAUCCAUAAACUCAAUUUGAUGGGUUCUUAGUUUAAGAUUUUUAGAAUAAAUCUAUAGUAGCAACAUUUCUGCAUCUAAAGCAAUCUUUGUAUUUAAAAUUUGGUUAUUUUGUUCAUCACCUCCUGCCAAAAUGCACAGACAAUUAUGCAUUCCCAUAUACAGUGGAAACAUGUCCCACGGGCUUCUCCACAUUUAAAACAUGUAUCUGGAAUUAUGUUAUUAUAUUUGUUCAUUUUCAAUGGUGUUACAUAUGUUUGCAUAAUCCAGUUGUAUUGUAAUAGCUUUAGGUUACUAUUAAUUGAUUGUUUUUGUGAUUUUAAGCAAAUUGACUUCUAUGUCUCCUCAGAAAUAUUAAUAUUUAGGUCAUUUCUCCAAGAUUCUAACUUAGAAACUGAUGUUUCUGGAGAGGCAGAGACAAUCCAGUUAUAGAAUGUUGAAAUUAAGCCUUUGUUGCCACAUUUUUUCACCAUUAACUCCUCUAAAUUAGUUAACUGGGGAACAUUGAGAGACUGAUUUUGCAUGGAAGAAAUGAAGCUUCUAAUCUGUAAAUACUUAAAGAGGUGUUUUUUGGGGAUUUGAAAUUUUGAGACCAAAUCCUCAAAUGAAACCAUUAUUCCAUCACAAAAAAGAUCACCCACUUUCCUAACACCUUUUUCUGCCCAACCCUGGAACCCUGCGUCCAGAUUUCCUUGUGCAAAUAAGGCAUUUCCCCAAAUAGGACUAAACUGAGAGAGAUUAUUCUUAAUAUUCAUCAUUUCUUUUAUUGUAAACCAAACUUCAAUCAUAUUUCAGACUAUAGGAUUAUUUGUUUCUUUCUUUAAUUGUUUUGGCUGUGUACAGUAUAAGUACAAGUCUAAUGCCAUUUUAAGAGAAUUUGCUUCCAUCCCCACCCAAGGAGGAGUAUUUUGGGAUGAAAAAUAAAACAUUAUUGUCCUUAGUAGCCAGAUAGUACCAGUAAAAAUUGGGAGAUUUCAUCCCCACUGUAUCAAAGGGAAGAUACAACAAAGACAAGCGAAUGUGGUGUAGGGUUAGAUAAAUAAUUUUACUGUUAUUGUCCAUAUUACUAUUGCAUUAAUAAUUAAUAUUGAUAUUGCAUUCAGAUGUUUAAACAUAUUGGCACCCAAU